AUAUAUAUAUAUAUAUAGACAUAUAUAUAAGGCUGCAUGUUGAGGCGACAUUUGGUAUGCCAAAAUGUUCACAUGUGGCAUAUAAGUUUAAUGGGAUCUACAAGUUUUAUGGCACACCUAUACGUGAGAAACAUGGGAAAGCUUGCCGACAGCGACAAGCGUUUUGUGAAGGCUCAAAGCCAGCUGGAGCACGCCUGCUUGAUAAGGUAUAAUGCCAAGCCGGCAUUUAGACGCCUCACUGGCAUUAUAUGCACCAUAGGACCCGCGUCGCGUAGCGUGGAAAUGCUGCUCAAAAUGUUGGACACGGGCAUGGACAUAGCGCGGCUGAAUUUCUCGCACGGCACGCAUGAAUAUCAUGGCGAGACUGUGGCCAAUGUGCGCCAAGCAAUGGCGCAGUACUCCAAGUGCAUGGGCUAUGAGCAUAAUGUAGCUAUAGCGCUGGAUACUAAAGGUCCGGAAAUACGCACGGGUUUGAUUAAAGGCAGCGCCACAGCUGCAGUGGAGCUGGCAACAGGCGCAAAGUUUACGCUAAGCACCAAGCAGGAGCUGCAGGCAGAGGGCACAGCUGACCAAGUCUAUGUGGAUUACAAGAACAUAACCAAAGUGUUAAAGCCAAAUGAUCGCGUUUAUUUGGACGAUGGGCUCAUAUCUUUGAUAGUCAAGUCUGCCGAGGCGGAGCAGUUAAUAUGCGAAGUGGAAAAUGGCGGCAAGCUGGGCUCAAGCAAAGGCGUUAAUUUGCCCAAUGUUAAUGUGGAUUUGCCUGCUGUAAGUGAAAAGGAUAAAUGCGAUUUGCAGUUUGCUGUGCAGCAGCAGCUGGACAUAGUCUUUGCCAGCUUUAUACGCGAUGCGGCGAGCAUAGAAGAAAUACGCUGCAUACUCGGCGAGCAGGGCAAGCAUAUCAAAGUGAUAGCCAAGAUUGAAAAUCAUCAAGGCAUGCAGCAUAUAAAGCAGAUUAUAGACGCCGCCGAUGGCAUUAUGGUAGCACGUGGAGAUCUGGGCAUAGAAAUACCCGCAGAGAAGGUAUUUCUAGCGCAAAAGUCAAUGAUUGCGCUUUGCAACAAAGUGGGCAAGCCCGUUAUAUGUGCCACACAAAUGCUGGAGUCAAUGAUUAGGAAACCGCGUGCCACACGCGCUGAACUCUCGGAUGUGGCCAAUGCAGUGCUCGAUGGCAGCGAUUGCGUCAUGCUCUCGGGUGAAACUGCCAUGGGUGAUUAUCCCUUGCAGUGCAUUUCGGUUAUGUCCAAAGUGUGUCAGGAGGCGGAGUCUGCCAUUUGGCAUGAGCGUUGCUUUCAAGAUUUGGUUAACAUCUCGGCCAGCGAGAGUCGCGACUACGAGCAGUCGCUUAUUGUGGCCGCCGUGCAUGCCGCCAUACAAUGCCAAGCUAAAGCUAUUAUAGUGCUUACCAAAACUGGCCGAUCGGCUGCUACGCUAGCGCGUUUUCGUCCUCGCUGUCCCAUCAUUAGCGUCAUUGAGCAGAACGCACGAGUUGCGCGCCAGACGCGUCUCUAUCGUGGCGUUAUACCAAUUAACAUUGCAGCCAAACAAACUGGCAAACUAACUUGGCUCGAAAGCAUUAAGCAGCGCAUUAGCCUGGCCUUGAACAUAGCCAAGCAACGUGGCUUUGUGCAAAAAGGAGAUCCUGUCAUUAUCGUCACCGGUGGCAAAAACAAGCGAGCUGGCAUUAAUUCUAUGCAUUUUUAUCAAGUUAACUAA